AUGGCGGGCGGCAAUGCUGGAAUGGAAGGGCUCAUUCCGAUGAUAAACAAGCUGCAAGAUGCAUGUACGAAAUCCGGGCAAGCUUUAGACAUUGAUCUACCUCAAAUCGCCGUCGUUGGUGGCCAGAGUUCGGGAAAAUCCUCCGUGUUGGAAAACUUUGUUGGUCGUGAUUUUCUCCCGCGAGGAACUGGCAUCGUAACGCGUAGACCCCUCGUUCUCCAGCUGGUGAAUAACUCUGGUGGAGAAUGGGGCGAGUUUUUGCACAAAAAGGGACAGAAGUUUUACCAGUUCGAUCAAAUCCGCGCUGAAAUUGAACAAGAAACAGACAGAACAACUGGUCAUAAUAAAGGCAUUUCGCCCAUUCCCAUCAACUUGCGCGUCUUUUCUCCAAGGGUGCUGAACCUGACACUUGUUGAUCUCCCGGGAAUGACGAAGGUAGCCGUGGGAGACCAGCCGCCUGAUAUCGAGAGGCAAAUCCGCGAAAUGAUAAUGCAGUUUAUUACCAAAGAAUCUUGCCUGAUCCUUGCUGUUUCGCCGGCUAAUCAAGAUUUGGCAAACUCAGAUGCGCUCAAAAUUGCCAAAGAAGUCGAUCCGGAAGGAAUGAGGACGAUCGGAGUCUUGACAAAGUUGGAUCUGAUGGAUCAAGGGACAGAUGCGAAAGAUAUUCUUGAGAACAAACUGCUUCCUCUUAGAAGGGGAUAUGUCGGUGUUGUCAAUAGAUCUCAGCGCGAUAUCGAGACUCGUCGAAAUAUCCAAGACGCAAUCCAAGCCGAGCGUAAAUUCUUCCUCUCGCACCCUCGCUACCGCCAUAUGGAAUCAAGAAUGGGCACGCCCUAUCUUCAAAAAGUCCUGAAUCAACAGCUCACCAACCAUAUCCGCGAAUCCCUGCCCAAAGUUCGAAGUCGAUUAGCGAAGCAAAUGACCGACAUUGAAAAAGAAGUCAAGGACUUUAAAGAUUUCAAGCCUGAUGAUCCGGGAAGACAGACGAGGACGAUGUUGGGGCUGAUUAAUCAGUUUAUGAACGUCUUCGGCGAGACGAUCGAGGGCCAUUCAGGUGUGACUGUCAGCGUCGACGAGUUGAGCAUCGGUGCUAGAAUCAACAGAAUCUUCCACGACCGUCUUCCAAUCAAGCUAGCUGAACGGACAAUCGAUGAGAAACAUCUUCGGAGGGAAAUCAAGAUCGCUAUUCAAAACAUUCGUGGUGUAAGGACUGGUCUCUUUACACCGGAUAUGGCUUUUGAGCGAAUUGUCAAGGAACAAAUCACUGUCAUGAAAAACGCUCCCCUGGAAAUUGUCGACCAGGUCACGAAUCAGCUCACUGGUGCCAUCCGAGAAUGCACGAAAAAUAUGGCCAAUUUUCCGACUUUGCGAGAAGAAGUCGACCGAUUAGUAGCAACUUAUAUUCGACAACAAGAAGGGAAAACAAAAGACUUUAUCGAUAACCUGUUCGCGUACGAAACUGCCUACAUAAACACCAACCACGAUGACUUCAUCGGAUUCACGCAAGCUGCUGCCAACACCACCACUGAGAUUAAAAAGAAUCCCAACCAACAACCCAAAAACAUGGUCAUCAGAAAAGGAUGGCUGAGCAUCAACAAUCUUGGAAUGAUGAGAGGUGGCUCCAAAGAAUUCUGGUUUGUCCUGACCGCCGAGUCCCUCUCCUGGUUCAAAGAUGACCAAGAGAAAGACAAUAAAUACACAAUCGUCCUCAGUCCCGAAAUGCGCCUCCGCCCAGUCGAGAAGAAAUCCGUUUUCGGAGCUCACUUCAUCUUCCAAAUCUUCAAUACAGAAAACAAAAACAUCUUCAAGGAUCAUAAAACUCUAGACCUUUCCUGUCGCGAUGCUGAUAGCUUGGAGACCUGGCAGGCUUCAUUUUUAAGAGCGGGUGUUCUUCCGGAGUACAAGAAGCCGGAGGAAGAAGAGAAAAAAGGGACCGCCGCAGAAGAAGACUUAGAUCAACAGAUCGAGGACUCGAAAGACCCGCAACUUGAACGUCAAGUUGAAACAAUUCGUAAUCUGGUCGAUUCAUACAUAGGAAUCGUCAUCAAAAACCUCAAGGAUCAAGUUCCAAAGAUGAUAAUGUACCACAUGCUGAACGCUACCCGAAACUUCAUCGCGGAAGAACUGCUGGCUCAGAUCUACGCCGAAGUAAACAUCAGCGCAGCAAUGGAGGAAUCGCCGCAGGAGCUCGAGCGCAAGACCGAAUUGCUCAACAUCUUCCAUUCACUCAAAGAGGCUGUUAAAAUUAUUGGAGACAUUAAUAUUUCGACGCACUCGACACCGACCCCCGCCGCGGUCGAUUACAACUGGGUACAGGAAAAUCAAAGGCAAGCGCCGCCGCAGCAAACGCCAUUUAGCCAACCACAGCUUAUGCCAGCUCCUUCGAAUAGCUACGGCGGAUAUGGAGGCCCUCCAGCAGCUGGUGGACUUCCUUCGGCCAUGGCUCGCCAGAGCAGGGCGAGUCCCGGUCCGGGCAUGGGCAACAGAGCAGCUCCAGCCAUUCCUCCGCGACCCUCUGGCGGUGCUCCCCCUCCGGUACCGAAUCGACCAACUCAAACGCGAAACAACUUUUACUGA